AUGUGCACAAUGAGGGAAAACAGGGCUGAGGACAGAUCAACAAAAGCAAUGAUUGGGAGUAAAUCUAAGUUCCGUCCAUCAACAUGCAUUUCCCAGAGAGCAAUCAGCAUGUAAAUGUAUACUAUAACUACUGUAAACCUCAAUAUUCCCUUACAUAUUUAUGGAGAAAACUCAAGCUAUUACAGUAAAUCAAGAGGCUUCUGAAAAGCAUUCACAGUAAAGAGAAGCACUGGACUAGAGCCUCCUGCUUUAAACAACGUAUCUCUGUUUUUCGGACAAACAACAGCGAAACACAACUUCUGUUUAAAUCACAUCUGUGGAGAAUACCACAGAGCAGCAGAUUCCACUCUACUUCUCUAAUUUUUAUACUACGCCAACUACUGUUGCACCGUUUCAUUUUUUUUUCUUGUCUAUCUUUUCAGGCCAAUAAACGCAGGUUUGUUGGAUAACCUACCAAUAUCCAGCUUGUCACAUGGAACCCAAAUCAGAACUGGAACUUCCCGGAAGAAGUGCUUCUGAGAACGCCGGCUGUUGUCAGGUCUGCAGGGUGAAGGGUCAGUUUGAAUCUCCCUGUAGCAAACAUGGCUGCGUAUACCAGCAGAAGGUACUGUUGGUUGUCUUCGUUUUCAGACUAUUGUAUCGCAGUUAUUGUAAUGGGCUCUGUGUUGCAAUGGGGUUGCCAGACUGAAGCAGGAAAAUUGUAUACAAGCCAGGACGCAGUGGUAAUCUUGGAGAGCCAGAAUUUAAAGACGACCCUUUUAAACUCAUCCAGUGCUUGGGUAGUCGAGUUUUAUUCCUCUUGGUGUGGACACUGCAUCAGUUAUGCAUCAACUUGGAAAGCACUUGCACUGGACGUGAAAGAUUGGGGUGAUGUUAUCAAAAUUGGUGUACUGGACUGUGCUGAAGAAGAGAACUUUGAGAUCUGCAAAGAGUAUGGCAUUCAGUUUUAUCCAACAUUCAGGUACUUUAAAGCAUUUUCAACUCCAUUUACAAAAGGAGAAAAUUAUCAAGGAUCAGACAGAGAACUGCAGACAGUACGGCAAAUAAUGAUUGAUUUUUUGCAAAACCACACUGAACAAAGCAAGCCCCUCAACUAUCCUUCCUUAGAACCAAUCGGGUCCAGAGAAAUACUCGCUCUGUUGGACAAGAAAACCCGGUUUUACACAGCUGUUAUUUUUGAGGACCACAACUCUUAUGUUGGUCGAGAGGUAAUACUAGACUUGAUUCCAUAUGAAAACAUUUUAGUGAAGAGGACAGUUAAUUCUGACAAGACCCAUUAUGAGAAGCUUGGUAUUACUGCAGUCCCUUCAUGCUACCUGAUCUAUCCAAAUGGAUCACAUGAAUUAAUUAAUAAUUUGAAUCCUCUUCGGUCAUCUUUCUCCUCCUUCUUGAAGUCCUUAUCUGGUGUACGAAGAAAGGUUACUUCAGAACAAGUUGGAACCAUAAAUCAGGAUAAAGAAAACCAUAAUGAAACAGAGUCAUGGAGAGAGUUUGAAAAAUCUAAAUUAUACGCGUCUGACCUUGAAUCAGGUUUGCAUUACCUGCUUAGAGUGGAGCUUGCCAACCAUAAGACCUUAGAAGGAGACAAACUGAAGACGUUCAAAGAUUUUAUUGCCGUUACAGCAAAGUUAUUUCCUGGUCAGCAAACUGUUGUAAAGCUGUUGGAGACCUUGCAGGAGUGGCUGGUGAACCUUCCUUUGGAUAAAAUCCCUUACAAUGCAGUCCUGGAUCUUGUCAACAAUAAAUUGAGAAUUGCUGGAAUAUUUCUAACUAGUCGUAUUCAAUGGGUUAGCUGUCAGGGUAGUAAGCCAGAAUAUCGAGGAUAUCCUUGUUCUCUUUGGAGGCUGUUUCACACAUUGACUGUCCAGGCUGCAAAACGACCUUAUUCUUCCAGGACAACUAUUGAAAUACCUGUGUGCGCAGGCUGUAACCAGCACAUCGUUGAUAGGUUCAUUCUGAAGGUCCUAGAUAGGCACUGGCACAGCAAAUGUCUCAAGUGCAGUGACUGUCACACUCAGCUGGCAGAAAAGUGCUUCAGCCGUGGGGAGAGUGUCUACUGCAAGGAUGACUUCUUCAAAAGAUUUGGAACAAAAUGUGCUGCUUGUCAACAAGGCAUCCCCCCAACCCAGGUGGUCCGGAGGGCGCAGGACUUUGUCUAUCAUCUCCACUGUUUUGCUUGUAUUGUGUGUAAAAGGCAACUGGCCACAGGGGAUGAGUUUUACCUCAUGGAAGACAGCAGACUGGUCUGCAAAGCCGAUUAUGAGACUGCAAAACAAAGAGAAGCAGAAUCGACAGCUAAGAGACCUCGGACAACAAUCACAGCAAAACAACUGGAGACAUUAAAGAAUGCAUAUAAUAAUUCUCCUAAACCAGCAAGGCAUGUCAGAGAACAGUUGUCCUCAGAGACUGGGCUGGAUAUGCGUGUGGUACAGGUUUGGUUCCAGAAUAGAAGAGCUAAAGAGAAACGUCUGAAAAAAGAUGCUGGGAGGCAAAGAUGGGGCCAGUAUUUUAGAAACAUGAAAAGAUCUCGAGGGAGUUCCAAAUCUGACAAGGACAGCAUUCAGGAAGAAGGAGUAGACAGUGACGCUGAAGUUUCUUUCACUGAUGAGCCAUCGGUGUCAGAAAUGGGCCAUUCCAAUGGGAUGUAUAGUAGUUUAAGUGAAACAUCACCAGCUUUGAACAGGCAGCCGGGCAGCAAUGGGACAUAUUCCCUGGAUCACAGUGUGGUAUCAGCAGCAGAGUCAUACCACGAUCUCCGAUCGAACAGCCCAUAUGGUAUACCCCAAUCACCAGCUUCUCUACAAACCAUUGCAGGCCAUCAGCCUAUGAUAACCAACAUGGCAUUUGCAGAAACGGGUUUGGGAAUCAUGGCUCAGGGUGGACAAGGAAUGCCACAAGCAAUGAGGGUUUUAGGGGGAAAUGGACCAAGCUCUGAUCUUUCUACUGGGAGUAGUGGUGGCUAUCCAGAUUUUCCAGCUAGCCCUGCCUCUUGGUUGGAUGAAGUUGAUCAUCCGCAGUUUUGAGAGAAACGUUUUCAAGAAAAGCUGAUGACAAUGAAGCAUAAUCUCAAAAUCCUACAGGUGCAUUUGUUUUGUAAAUCAUUUUACAAAAGGACAAGACAUGGAAACACAGAGGAACAAAAAUGAAUAUCUGAAUAAAUGACACGUGGGUGAAAUGAAUACAAAAUGCUGCAGUAAUGCAAACAGGCUGGGUAGAACAUGUGAUGGAUAAAUCAUGCAAAAAAGCUUAGGGUAUUUUAAUGUUCAAAAUUAUUUAAAUAGUAUUCAUGUAAUAAUGGUUUACUAAGACUUUAUAAAGAUCACAUAACAGCCAGGACUUGUGGAAUGAUGAUUUGAUAGUCUGGGAUUUGUCCUGGUCACAGUGCAUUAUUUCCAAGCCAGGACUGUUUAACUAGACACUAUGUUCUAGGAAUAAAAGUGGAUAUAAGUAUGUCUCUUUUAAUAAAAGAGAUUUUUUUCUGUAAAUUACAACCACCGUAAUGUUGAGGCUUUCAGCAGCUGUUGAAAUGAGUCCGUUUACUUGUUUGACUGCCUGUAUAAUUCUCUAAGCAAUUAGCCAUGAAGAACGGUAAAACAAUUUUCAAAGUUUUCAUUCAAUUUGUAUGAUAUGAACAUCCUGAAUGAUUUGUAAUGCCAAAUAUUCUCUUAAAAUCAAUUUCUUUGUUUGGAGCUGUAAAGUCGUUCAUAAUUUACAUGUAUAUUUUUGUUUUGCUGAUUUUUAAUGGAACAGAUCUUUAUCCUUUAAAGUCCAUAAAUAUGAUUAUUAAACUAUGUAUACAACUGUAUGAUCACAAGUUAAUAUAAUAAGCAGUUAUGUAGGAAGUAUGUAGAUCUGGGCCAGGUUUUGUUUAAUUUUUUAUCUAAAUGAGCUUUGUCUUAUUUAAGUUGCACUUAAUAAAUGUUGCCAAAUUCACAUGUAAGAUAAUCUGUUAAUGAAUACAGUUCUACAUUUCACAUGGUAACUUCAUUUAACUGCAGUAUCUUAAUGUACUGUAGCUGCAUGGGAAAGCCCAAGAAGACUUUAUUCUGUUUAUAGGCAGUUCCUUCUGUUCGCUUGUAUAAUUCUGAAAAAUCUCCCAUCAUUAUACCAAUAUUUCGUUGUGCAAAACAUACGUACAGUGAUAAAAUGCAAGAUGCAACUUGUUACUUAAAAAACUAGAUGUCAAAUUUCCUGUAAACAUUAUAUGCUCAAAAUAUUUUAUUUAUCUUUUGUUCAAAUGGCAUUUUGAGUAUAACAAAAUCUUUCUCUACAUACUUGUUUAUUUGGAAAUAAAAUAAAUUGUGUUUACUUUUAUCAUUUUUGUACAUCACUGAUUUAAAAGACAAAAUAAUUUUACUGAGCUCUACUACAAUUUAUAUGAUCUUUUUCCACUAACCACAUGGUCACUCAGCAAUGACAAUGCAGUGUGUGUCUGUUACUUAAAUUUAAGUAUGUCAUCAAAAAAUAAAUGUUACAAAAACUGAUAUAAGUCAUGUAUUGUUAUACUGUUUGUAAUGCUAGUGUUGUAUAUUAA